UUGGGAGAGUCACGGAUGCUUCUGGAGAAGCACCCGACUUGUAUGCGAACAGCAUAUUAGACGUUCUACGCGACUCUGGAAGAGCGGACAGGGGGAGAGUGACAGCGACGUUUGGAGAGGGGGCGGCGCGGACGUUCGAAGGGGUGGUUUAUCGAUCCUCUCUGCCCAGGGACUUUGCGAAAGCCGUCGUAGACCAACCAGCCAGGUUCCUGGAACUCGCAGCGGAGGCUCUGAAAGAAACCGAAAAUAUGAUGAGACCGCCUAAGAUCAAUUGGACCGCUGACGACGACACCACGUUCCGGAACCUGGCGGUGGACCUCGCACGCAAUGACCCACUCUAUUUCAAGCGGUGUCGGAAACUCGCGCAAGUCCUCGAGACCGCCAAGGAAAUACGCACGACUCCUCGCGCCGACCUCUUGGGCGAUUACGUAGAGAUCUUUGCCGAACAGACGUCUGCGGCACAGAAUCCGAUGACCGGGAAGGACGUCGACUCCCUGUUCGACCUGAUCCGAUCCCAAUUGUCCAGACUGGAAAAAGAGAGAACGAGCGCGGCGAACGGACGUGCGGACAUUCAAACUCUCGAAAAGGCAUUCAAGUUCUAUGCACUCCUCAAUGACCUCUUCUGUGCUACAAAGGCCGUCCGUGCUCUGGGGGAAAUGCACGUCGACUUGGAUGGAGUUAAUCAUCACAUCGAGAGUAUGACGAGUGGGUCCUUCGCAAGAGAGAUCAUGACGCUCCUCUCGCAUCGCAUGACGCCCCUCUUCGCCCUGACCGAACUCGAGAAACGACCACCCGACGCCGGCGAAGCCGAUCGAGGGGCCUUAUAUCGGAUCUCGGCAGAAGGUGAAUUCUUACUCCAGCACAGCAACCCACGAACGAAGUUUCCUCUCGUCACGCCCCCGCCGCGAUGGCCGGAAGCGGAGUCUUUCGCCGAGUUUCUGACGGCGGUGAAAGAAGCCUGCGACGAUGCUCUCUUACUCUACGAAGAUAGCUUCCAAUACAUCACCACACGCGACUCCCGAUUCCUGAGAACCGACGACGUUUCCCGAGUAUUCGGGCGGGAGCAGGCCGGCGAGUUCGCCAGGUUCAGCGGACUGUACAUGAAUUCGCGGACUUUCGUCAGGUCCAUUGUCGAUUCGACUUCCAUCGAGUUCUUGCAGGACGCGUCAAAGGCAUUGCGCGAGUCAGGGAACGUCGAAAGCAUGACGUUGGACGAAGAAUCCGAGAUCAUGAUGGCACUUCGAGGAUUGGCGGAGGAGCUCAUCGCCCGGGAUCCGGAGCACCUCGCCGGACUUCGAAAACUGGUCGACUCUCAGAAGACGAGGGUCGCGCUACAGCUGUACGUCAGGUCCUUGGGUGAGGCCGAUUCGCUGUGCUUGCUCUUCGCCCCCGACGCACCCGUCAGAGCAGAAUGGGAUCUCUUGAACGAGUUUGCGCCAGAAACGGCGCCUGCGAUACGGCGCCUCGAGACUUCGAUCAGAGGAAUCUGCGAAACCAAGGACGUCGUCAUGGAUCCGAUCCCCGACGUGUCCACAUUGAACAUCAUAUUCGACACGUCCGGCGCGCCGAAUAGGAACGCGUGCAACGCCAUCAUCGCGGACCCUCCGGACUACCUCCAAGACUUUGCGGUCCGUCUGAAGGCAUUCGGGGUCUGGAUGGACGCCAUUCGAGAGAACAUCAGCAAGUCCGGCAUCCGUCUCGGAUGCACUCAGCUGGAUUCGACGUCAGACGUAGGAAGCGCCGCGUCUGCCCUAUCGGAAUGCGCGACGAGCAUCACGGACGCAUUCGGAACGAUCGGGGCACCCGGCCUCGAGGAGGCGUUCGCACAGUGCCAGGCACUCGUGAGACGACUUUGCCGGGGCGCUCCGGAACAAACCUUGCAAAGAGCCACAGAACGAGUCACGCACCUUUACGACGCAACCGGGUCGACUCGUAUCGAAUCCAUCACGCUGGAGUUUGGCGAACUCAAGGAAGACAUGCGCCUGCUGCUCUUGGCUGCGGCAAACUACGGCUACGACGUCAAGCAGUGCGCCGGGAACACGCGUCCGGGGAUU